AAGAAACCUUGUUAGAAUGUUAAAUGAGAAUGAGUUUCAUAGUCUCCAAGAAUCUCUCAACUCAAUUAAAUGUACUUACGAAAAGGGUGAAUUUGAUGUCCGACAGCUUACACACACUCUUGAAUUGUUACGGCUGAAUGAAUUAAAAUCAAAUGAAGAGAACAGUGUAACAGUUGAUACAUUAAAUAAUUGUCUUGAUAAUAAAGCAAACAAACAAAUAUUUUUAAAUCAAAAACUUGAAGAGAUCCAAAUGACUGAAUUCAAGGAAAAAGAGGUUCAAAAGAUGUUGGAUCAGCUGAAUUCAGAAAUAACUGAGGAGCGUAGAAAUGCAGUGAGGAAAAUCAUAAAGCUGGAAGAAGAAACUAAUAAAGUUAAAAAAGCGCUUGGAAUACAAACCGCAAAAAAUGAAAAAUUAGCAAAACCUCAUCGAAAAGUCAGUGAAGAAUUACGUGCACAUAGAUUUGAAGAAUUUUCAUUAUCCCAGGGGGUUGAAGAAUUACAAAGCAAUAUACGUGAAUAUCAGAUUAAAACAUCCAUGUUAUUAAAUACAAUAGAGAGGAAAGAUAAGGAAAUUGAGGCGGCUAAAGAAAAACGUAAUACAAUACAACGAGGUUUGGAGAUGCUGUUGAAAAAACACAAAGAAAGUUUAGAGAAUAUGAGAAAUCAAUUGAAAGAAAUUGAGAAAUCACAAGAAGCCUCCGAAUUAAAUAUUAAAGCAUAUGAAGAAAAGAAGGAAAUCUUAACGGCCAAUGAAAAGCGUUAUGAAACAGAAAAAGAAAAACUACAGAGCAUUUUUAAGAUAAAAGAAUCUGGGGUAAUGAAAAUCGAGAAUGAGUAUAUGGCGAAAGCGGAGGCAACAGCUCAACUUCAGGAACAAAUUGAUGAAAUGGUUGAAAAGACUAAAAAUUUAAACUUAUCAAGCAGAUGUUUGAUAGAUAAUUUAAAACAACAGGCGGAAACCAUGAAAGGUCAUUUGGCGAAUGAACAGAAGGAGAGAGUUCAAGUACAACGGACACAACGUAAACUUCACAGACAGAUAGCAAGUUUCAAUGAUGAACAAAGUUUAUGCGUACGUAAAUAUCAUCGUAGAAUUAAUGAAGCGAAAAGCAAACUUUUGUUCUUAGAUAAAGAGAAAAUUCGAUUAGACGAAGAAAGUAAAACGAAUCAAGAAAAAGCAAAUGAAAUUCAAUCCAAAAUCAAUUCAGAAAAAGCCCAACACGACAGUGAAAGAUUAAAGUGUGCAGAGAAAAUUGCUUCCCUCAGCAAAAUGUUAGAUGAUUCAAAUGGGAUUUGUAUGCAAUUGAAUAAAGAAAUUCAAGAUGAACUGCCUUUAUUAGAAGAUUUAAAUAGUAAAGUGAAAAAGAAUGAACAGGUUGAAAGCGAGACCAAGUCAUUACAAGUUGAAAUGAAUCAGACUAUUCGAUCGUUGGAGAGUGAAAUACGUCAGUUAAAUGAUACCAAUAAGACGCUUGAUUUCGAUCUAAAGCAAUUGAGGAAACAAAUAAUGACAUUAGAAGCAGAUUAUAAGAAAAAACUUGCCGACCAAAUUGAUUUACUAAAUUCUACAGAAAGUAAUAUUUAUACAAAUGUCUGCCGAUUAAAUACUGUUAAUAUCGAAAAUGCACGACUAGAUGGGGGUAUUUUAAAACAAGAACAAUCUAUACAAGAAAUCUGUUCAGAUUGGGAGAAGAUAUUAAGGAUGAAGUCGAAAUUAAGAAACCGAUACCGAUCAUUAACGGAUAUCAUCGAAAACGACCACUUGUCUGAACAGAGAUUGAUUCAGUCCUCCAUAGAAUUUUACAAAUAUCUUAUAGAGGAGAAGAUGAAAUUCAUCAGCACAGAAUGCUGUCAACGUGAUCAGUUAUUUAAACAAAUUCUACCAGAACUCAGGAGGUUAUUCAAUGAAAUUAAUCAAUUUUUUGAAAUCGGUAAAUCAAUUUCUCAACAAAUCGUAUCAUCCAAAGUGGAUAAAAUGCUUGCUUUGCCACCGAGUGAAAAUGUUGACGUUCAUCAGGAGAAUAAGAACAACAACAACAACAACGACGGAGAUAAUAAUGAUGACGUUUGUAAAUGUCAAAAUUGA